CCCAGAUCUGGCCAAUGAGAAUGCUCCUAACAGACUGCUAUAGAUAUAUAUAUAACAGCAAAGUUACGCAAUCGAAUUAUUUUACGUAAAACUUCCACCGGUGAUUAUCGAAAUGACUACUUACACGGAUAAAGGAGAAAAGCCAGAAGCAGGAAAAUUUGAAUGUUUUGACCACAUAGUGUUUUGGGUCGGAAAUGCUAAGCAGGUAUUGAUACAUUUACUCAACUCAAUUAAAAUAUAUGAUAUAUAUUUAAUAUGUUUAAUACUAAUAUGAUAUCCAAAACAGGCCAGUAGUUACUAUUGUACACGAAUGGGUUUCGAAGAAAUAGCAUACAAAGGAUUAGAGACCGGUUUCAGAACUUAUGCAGCACAUGUCGUUCAGCAGAACAAGAUAAGGUUUGUCUUUGCUUCGCCUUACGAACCGUCAGAAAAAGAAAUGUCCUCACACAUUGCUACACAUGGUGAUGGAGUAAAAGAUGUAGCAUUCGCAGUUGAAGACAUCGAGAGCAUUCUUCAAAAAGCUAAAGAAAGGGGAGCAGUUGUAAUGAAAGAAAUUUGGGAGGAAAGUGAUGAGCAUGGCAAAGUACGAAUGGCUACCAUUAAAACGUUCGGAGAUACCGUGCACACGUUUGUAGAACGAUCAGGAUAUAAGGGUGUAUUUUUACCAGGCUACAGAAGUGUUACAACUAUGGACGUCUUGAGCAGCAAAUUGCCACCAGGUAUGCUCGACUUUAUUGACCACAUAGUUGGAAACCAGCCUGAUCUGUGUAUGGAAUCCGUUGCAGAAUGGUAUGAAAAAAUGUUACAGUUCCAUAGAUUUUGGUCUGUAGAUGAUAAACAACUCCACACAGAAUAUUCAGCCCUUCGUUCCAUUGUUAUGACUAAUUGGGAUGAAACUGUCAAGAUACCUAUAAAUGAACCUGCACCUGGAAAGAAAAAAAGUCAAAUAGCUGAAUAUGUCGACUACUACGGAGGUUCCGGAGUUCAACAUAUUGCACUAAAUACAAAAGAUAUUAUAAAUUCAAUCGAAAACUUAAAAUCCAGAGGAAUGGAAUUUAUGACAGUUCCAGAUUCUUAUUAUGACAUGUUAAGGGAAAGACUGGCAGCAGAUAACUUCCAUAUUGAAGAGGAUCUAGAUAUACUUCAGAAAUUAAAAAUUUUGAUAGACUACGAUGAAAAUGGAUACCUAUUACAAAUAUUCACUAAAAACAUGCAGAACAGACCUACGCUGUUUUUAGAAGUAAUUCAGAGACAUAACCACAGUGGAUUCGGAGCUGGAAAUUUCAAAGCUUUGUUCCAAGCAAUUGAAUUAGAACAAAUGGAAAGAGGAAACUUAUAAAUAACAUAAAAUAAUAAUAAAACUACUAUUAUUUAGUCAGAAAUAAUAAUAAAUGCUAAGAAAUAAUUUUGAUACUGGUAUUCCAAGAUGGCAGUAGCUUUCCAGAUCAUUCAAAGCAGGCUACUCAUAGAUUUCCUAAAAUGUGCCCGAAAAAAGACAGUCACUUCAAGACAGUGGCCUUGCCUACCAUUUUAAUCGGGGAAUUGUACUCAAUUAUGAACAUCGUUAAUAGUUAUUAAAAUAUCUAAAUAAAUAUGAUUGUAGGAUUCUGAUCUGAUAAUCACUCUCUCUGACCUGAUUAUUUUAUUAUUAUCUCCAAAUAAAAGUAAUUAUUUGUUAUGGCUUUAUGUAACAAUCAAAAUUUUGUUGAUAUUUUAUUUUACAAUGUGAUUUUUUUUAUUUUUUUUAUAGGCUAUUUAAUUUUAAUAGGGUUAUUUUAAUUACACAUUCUUCUAUAUGCAUUUUAUUAUUACUAGUUAGCCUGUGCGAAUAACUAGCAAACAAUAUUGGUCAGUGAACAAUUGACAAAAUGAUAAAUAAAUUAAAUAAUUACACAUAUCUUAAGAUGAAGGAAUCAUUUUUUCUCGGUAAUCCUUUUUCUGAGAAAAAUUUGAAAAAAGAAAAUAACUUAAUUCAUGUAUUAAACCAAAUAUUUACGAAUUACAAUAGCCUGUCCCUCAGCUAAUAAUGCUUCGAAUGUGAUGAUUUUCUUUUCUUGUGGAAUUUAGUUACUUUUCAAAUAAUCAUAGGUACAAUUAUUCAAAAAUAAAGUUUCUUUUCCUUCAUAACUUUUAACUUGGGGGAAGUGUGACUAUUUCCCCACCUGAAGAUCUUCAAAAUGGGGGUUUGGAUUUGAUGAAGAAUUGACCAAGAUAUGGCACAGCGACAAAAAAAAAAACACCUUUGAGAAAUAAUAAAUAAAGAUUCUUUCCAUAUCUAUCAAUGGAAAAGAAGUGAGAUUUUCAAUUUAAUUUUGAAUAUAUUUUCUUUUUAGCAUUUUGUGUAGAAGACAAAUAAACUAUAAAAACUUAUUUUUUAGCAGGAGAUAUUUUCUAUAAGAUUUUUAUUAUUUUACCUAUUUACUUAUUAGAAAGGUGGGAAUAUAAUCAAACCUAACCUGAACAACUCAUGCAAGUCAAGGUUACUUUCAGAACUUUUCGUGAAUCUGGAAAUAGCUGAACAGAUCAUACUCUGGAUGAUCUUGAAACCCGCUGCCAUCUUGGAGUAGCUAAAGGAAAAUAGUAAAUAUUGGAAAUUUAGUUAGAUAUAAAAAAAAAAUAUAUGACUGUUAGUUAUAAAUAAGAAGGCGUAGGGAGGUGGCGGCCCCAUCGCCCGGUCAUAAAACCGCAGAAAGCCACUGGCUCUCCAGGUUAGGGGAACAGCAUACUGACAUUCACACAAAUACACUAAUUACAGUACACUACACAUCAAGGUCAAUAACAGUACACAUCCUACGGUCAUCUUUCCUAGAUGGCCACCGCGGAUGGCUUCGGCAUAGGGCUGAUAACCCUUUACUCACAAAACCUCAAGUAAUCAAGUUGCUAAGAGGAGGUCAGGGAUCAGUAAUGGUCUGUUUAGGCAAUGGAAGUAAAAGAAGUUAAAAAGAAGAUAUUUGCUAUAAAAAAAAAAAUUAAGUAUAUAAAUAGGAAUGGAACAAUAUAAAAAUACACAUGUGUUUUCAAAAAAAGUUAUACUCUUUGAUAAGUUAUACAGUGAUAUUAGUAUAAUUCAGACAUAAAAUUAUUUUGUACAAUAAGUGUUUAUUUUUUAAAUAUAUAUUUUAUAACAUUUUAAAACCUGUAUUAUUUGAAACACCCAAUUUUAGAACUUUCACUUACCUAACUAAUUAAAUAAUUAAAUUUUGGAUCAAAUAUGACUAGUUAAAAAUUAAAUCUAUUAAGCAGAAAUUCCACUCCAAUAACAGACAAAUUAAAAUACUUUGAAUCCAAAAUAACCACAAUAAAUGACCAAUGGUCAGAAAUAGACCAGCAUAUAACAAGUACAAACAGAGCUUUCUUCUCUCUUUCAAAGGUAUUAAAAUCCAGAAAAAUCUCCAGAAAUCUUAAAGGAGUACAAUGUUAUAAUAAAGCCAGUUCUGAUAAAGGGCUGCGAGACCCUAACCACUACCCUAGAAAGAAAUGUUCAAAAAUUUGAGAGAGAAAUCCUUUACACGAUAGAACACUAACACAUGGAGGAGAAAGAACAAUAAAGAACUGCUUACAGAAAUUGGUCCAUCAAUAUCACAAGAUAUGAAGGCAAGGAGGUUAAGAUGGGCAGGGCAUGUCACUCGGGGUACUCCAUCUGAAAGCCUCUACACUACAACGAAUGUCUCAAUAGAAGAUAAAAGACCACAUGAAACACCAAAAACCAGAUGGAUAGAUAGAAUCAACAAAGAUGCAAUAUAGCCACAUGAAGAUGACUGCAAAGAAAUAGGCAGAGAUGGAGAAGACUGAUUAAGGCGGCAAAAGAUCUACAAGAUCUGGUAGACCAACGGAAAAAAAUAUAUAUAUAAGUCUUUCAAAAUAUCAUGACUUAAUCAACCCUAAAAUGUGUACUUUUUGAGUUAUGCACAAAUAAAUUUAUCAUUUCUUAGUAAGUAUUUGUCUAUUCUGGGAGAUUCACUUAUUUUUCGGAAAUGAAGAAGAAGCUAAUCUUUAAAAUGAUGGUUCAAUCGUUGGAUUUAAUGAAGUAUUAACGAAUAUAAAAUAUGCAACAAAAAAAGACCUCUGAAAAAUCAUAAUGUUGAUAGGUGAGGUGCAAUACUGUUCCGAUUUUCAUGGAAACAUGUUCACUUUUAAUUAGGUUUAAAAUAAUCAGUGAACUAUAUGCUUUCUAUAAUAUUUUUAGUUACUAAUUCAAAUUCUAGUUUGUAUACAGAACUCUGUAAAAAUUUAUUAAUAAGGAUGAAUUCAUAUAACUUUCUCCUCUAAUUAAUUGGACCAUUUCAUUGCAAUAUUAAUCGCGUAGAAACACUACAAUUAAGAUGAGCUUAUGUUCCAAGUAAGCAAUUUCAUGUAAGUUAUCUCAUAAAUGGAUUUAGGCCUUUAAAAUUUCUUCAAAAGGAACAUUAACAGUUCUUUGAUGCCCUUGUCAAAAUCUUCAAAAACAUUUGUCUUGUCUUGAUCCAUUAACUUGUCACUGUCCCAGUUUUGAAGUCUAUUGAAAUGUUUUUAGAUCUAAUUAAUUUAUUAUUGAAAGUAAAACAAAAACAAAGGUACGAUUCGCUAACCUUCAUGAAAUUCUGAAUCCAAUGAUACCCUAUUCAUAAAAUUUGAGUAAAAGACCUUAUAUUUGGCACAACAAUGAUUUCAGAGCUUAGUGAAAUAAUUUAAGUGGGAUAAAACAGAUAAAAUAAAACCUAUAAUUAAAAAAAAAAAUAAAUACAGAACUUUUUAAUACAUUUUCAGUAAUGUACCAAUUACAGAUUGAUUAUAUGUCCAUCAUAAUACAAAUAAGUUAUUUCUCACCUCAUUAUUUAUAAAAAAAAGAAAUCUUCAAAAACUGAACAAGAUAUUCGGAUUAAUUAAACAGCUUUCCUUUUAUGUUUUCUUUCAAUUCUGAGUCUUUUUCUUUGUCAAUUUUAGAUAGAAUUAAAAGCUGUUGUUGUACGUAAUUUUUCAUGGAUGGAUCAUUUUUCUCCAAUGCUUCCAAGUCGGCUUUGGCUUCAGAAACAUUCCACGUACUGGUGUAUGCUUUUGCUCGACGGUACAAAGCUUUAACAUUACCUGAUAAUACAAAACAUAUAAUCAGCUUUAGUUUUAAUUAACUGAUCAUCAUUGAUUAUAAAAUAUUAAAAAAAAAAUUCUAAAUUAAGGAAAUUUUUUAUUCUCUCUUGUUAUUUCUGGCAUCAUACCAAAUCUCACUUAAAAAUCUUGAAGUCAUCUUUGACCAAACCCACUCAUGGAAACAACAUAUCUUCUACCGGACCUUAUGAAACCUCAAAAAUUUCAAUCGCCUACUAUACCUUCUCUCACAUGAAACCCAACAACUCCUAGUUUCAUCUCUUGUGUUCUCCCACUUUGAUUACGGCUGUCUGGUGUACAAUGGACUCUCUGAUGAAGUUGAAGCAAGACACGGCUUAUGAAUUACUUAGUUAGAUUUCUUUUUUAGAUUACAAGAUAUUCACAAAUAAUCCAGUAUUAUGUCAAGCUGAAGUGGCUAUACCCAUCUUACAGGUGUAAGUAUUUUCUUGCAUCCUUCCUAUAUCAGGUAAUCAGAAUUUGGCGCCCAUCCUACAUACUAAAGAGCCUGCGAUUUAAAAUCAUCUAUCAAAUCUCGUCCCACCUGAUCUCGCUCUUGUAACUUUUACCUUUCUCCCCACCAAACUACGCUAUUUGACAAAUCCUUCCUAUCCCGAACUGCCUACUUCUGGAACUCUAUCCCACCUUUCAUCAUGAUCUUUAUCACUUAAUUCUACACGCCUAUGCCAUUUACUCAAUGUUCAUGACGUAGGAGGAAAAACUACAGAAUUUAAGAAAAGUUAAAAGUAAUAAAUACCUUGGUCAUAUUGAAGUACGGUAGUACAAUGCUCAAUUACUUCAUAGUACUCUUUAAGAACCAAUUUACACUGAGCAUAAUUUAGUAAAAUAGCCAUUUUUUGGUCUUGAAGACUUUUCCAUUCAGGUUCUCCAGGUUUCUCACUAUUUAUAAAAUAAUAUUUUUAAUUUUAUUUCUUUAAUCAAUUGAAUUGGAAUGAAAAAUAACUACUAUAUAAUAUGUUAUAUAUUUAAUGUAAAUAAUAUAAUAAUUGUAAAAUCCUAUUUCCUCCUCACUCCUUGUCCAUAAGACUGAUUUAAUAAUAUUACUAAUAUUUUUUAAUUUUUAUUUGGACAUUUCAGAGAUGGAUGGGAGAUGGUUCAUGAAAUUAGUUUCGAUAGUGUUAAAAUAUUUGGCACAGAAAUGAUACAUUAAAAGAUAAAGGAAAGAAAAGUUAUUAAAAAAAUAUACCUGAAACAAACAUUAAACAUAAAGUAAUAACUGAAGUAUAUUCAAACAAUUUAGAAUGUUCUUCUUCUUCUUCCAAGUGCCGUAAAUCAUGGAGCUGCAGCCUCUGCCUCUGGCUAGUCUUCUCAUAUCCGGUAUGGUGUGUCCUCUUGCUGCUCCCAGAUUUCUGAUGUAAUCAGAGUACAUGCACCUUGGUCUGCCUUUUCUGGUACCAUCCAUUCUACAGACAUGUGUGUACCAUUUUAGUUGCCGCUCCUGCAUGAUAACGCAUACUGACUUGACACCCAAAUCCUCCCGAAUUCUUUCAUUUCUGAAGAAGUCCCUUCUAGUCUUACCAACUAUUCUACGAAGGAAUCUCAUUUCUGCUAAUGUGAUCCUGUUUACAUGUUUAUCGAGGGGUAUCCAGCUUUCUGAUCCAUACAGGAUAACUGGGUGGAAAACAGAUUAAAUAUCUGACUUUUGGUAUCUCUACUCACUUCUAGCUUGCCUAUGAUAGUUUUGGAUACAUGAUGGUAUAGUCCAGUGGCCUUUAUCACUCGAUAUAGAAACUCCAGGUCUAUUUUACCAUCUUCAUUUAUUAUGGUCCCUAGAUAUGUAUAAGUAUUCGUUAAUUCUAGGAGUUCACCAUUAAAAAAAAUCUUAGGCUCCAUGUUUUCUCUUCCGACAUACAUGAUGUUACGUUUAUUUGUAAGCUUCUUCAGCAAAAAAAAUAAACCGCGAACUGAAAACACUCGGAAUUUGGAGAUGAAGAAUUCUCGUCCAAUAUAGAGGAGAGUGGAGAAUAAUAUUAAGAGAGACUCAGGUUCUUGUAGAACUGUAGUGCCAAGAAUAAAUAAGUGACUAGUUCGAUAUAAAACCUAUACAAAUGUAAAAACUAAAGGAGAAUUGUUAAUGUAUCAUUUGUUUAAUUUUAAAUGCUCAAGAGGGGAA